AUGAGGCCAAACAUGACUGCUGUCCUGCACUGUCGAGGUCGCAGUCAGUGUGAGCGACAGGAGGCAUUCUGUCUGUCCAACGGCCUGUCCAACGGCCUGUACAACGGCCUGUACAACGGCCUGUCCAACGGCCUGUACAACGGCCUGUCCAACGGCCUGUCCAACGGCCUGUCCAACGGCCUGUCCAACGGCCUGUCCAACGGUCUGGCCAACGGCCUGGCCAACGGCCUGUCCAACAGCCUGUCCAACGGCCUGUAUAACGGCCUGUAUAACGGCCUGUACAACGGUCUGUCCAACGGUCUGUCCAACGGUCUGUCCAACGGCCUGUCCAACGGCCUGUCCAACGGCCUGUCCAACGGCCUGUCCAACAGCCUGUCCAACGGCCUGUAUAACGGCCUGUCCAACGGCCUGUCCAACGGCCUGUCCAACGGUCUGUCCGACAGGUUUUCUUGUUUUGAUGCAGGGGUUCUCUGA